AUGCCCCUCAACGAUCAUGCACGACAUCUUCAAAACAACCGCUUCCUGACCGCCAAAAUGCACGUGUGGACUUUCCUCGCAGCCUUGGGCACCAUCCGCUCCCUCGUCCAAGCCGAUUACGUCGACUGGCGCUCCUUCAAGGCCAAUGGCGUCAACCUUGGAGGCUGGCUGGUCCAAGAGUCCAACAUUGACAGCGCUUUCUGGGCUCGCUAUGGCGGUAACGCGACGGAUGAAUGGACCCUCUGCCAAAAUCUUGGUCCCCAAUGUGGUCCGGUUCUCGAGCAUCGCUAUGCCACCUUCAUCACCACCAAGGAUGUCGACCAUCUGGCGAAGGGUGGGGUGGCCGUCUUGCGUAUUCCGACUCACUAUGCGGCGUGGAUCGACCUUCCCGGCUCGCAACUGUACUCGGGAAACCAGACGGCUUACUUGAGGAAUAUUGCGAACUAUGCCAUCACGAACUACGCGAUGCACAUCGUUAUCGAUGUCCAUUCUCUCCCGGGAGGACUCAAUGGUCUACCCAUUGGAGAAGCUAUGGGCCAUUGGGACUGGUUCAAUAACAAAACUGCCUUGGAUCAGUCCCUCCAGACCAUUGACAAGGUCAUCGACUUCGUCCAACGCUCUGGUUCCCCAGAGUCUUACACUAUCGCACCCUUGAACGAGCCAGCCGACCUUAACAAGGAGUCCAUGUCCAAUUUCGGCACCCCGACUGUUCUGUCUGAUGACGGCGCCGCGUGGGUGUCUAAGUAUAUUAACGCUGUUCUUGACCGGGUUUCCAAAGUCAAUCCUAAGAUCCCCGUCAUGUUCCAGGGCAGCUUCAAAAAUCCCGACUACUGGUACGACCAGAUACCUGACGAUGCCAACCUUGUUUUUGACGUGCAUGUCUACCACUACGAGCAUCCGCCAAACACCACCUCCGCCAACCUUCCAGCUCAACUCUGCGCCGACGCGAAAGAGAAAACCGGUACUGGUAAGUUCCCCGUCUUUAUUGGCGAGUGGUCUAUCCAAGCUGCACAGCGUAACUCCCUUGCACUCCGUGAGCGAAACCUCAACGCUGGCAUUGCGGUAUUUGGCCAGUAUGCCCAGGGUAGCAGCUACUGGACUGCCAAGUUCACGGGCAAUGACACCGUCAAUGGUCAGGGUACACAGCAGGAUUACUGGAACCUCGGAACAUUUAUCGACAAUAAUUGGAUUCAUCCUGAAAACGAAAACAUCUCAUGCUAG